UUGUUUUUUUUGCCUUACCAGCUUGUUUUACCUGCAAAGUGUGCUCGUUUUGUACACCAGUGAAUCCCGUAUCCGUACCUUCCCCACUCCGUUCAAAAGAAAAAAAAGAAAUCCAAACAUUAUCUCCAGGCACCUUUUAAAGGAGGCAAACAAGUGCAGGUUUAAAGACUUCACCUUUGGACCUCACUAUGCAAAGACUUCAGGUGUUAAAAGACGCUUUAUUUGGCUUGGAUCUGAUCCAAAGGCAGGCGCUGGUGGGUUCAGCGGUUGCAGCGGGGGGACUUCUGGCCUACAUAGUCCACAAAAGAAGACAAGUGAAAACGAUUCCUCUCGGCGAAGGAUGGUGGGGAGCCGGAGAGAAACCACUGACAGAGGAUGAUAAAAUCUAUCCAUUUAAAGUGGAAACCUCAGAAGAAGAAAUCAAGGACCUUCAUGAGCGCAUUGACCGAACACGCUACUCGGAUCCUUUAGAGGACAGCUGCUUCCACUACGGCUUCAACUCCACUCACCUGAAGAAAGUGGUUUCUUACUGGAGACGCGAGUUUGACUGGAACAAGCAGGUGGCGGUGCUGAACAAGUAUCCACACUUCAAAACUAAAAUAGAAGGAGUGGACGUGCACUUUAUUCAUGUUCGGCCGCCACACCGCGAGAAUCAGACGGUGCUGCCUCUGAUGCUCGUCCACGGCUGGCCCGGCUCCUUUUACGAGUUCUACAGGAUUCUGCCUCUUCUCACAGAGAGGCGGGACGGCGUCGUGUUUGAGGUCAUAUGUCCGUCCAUCCCUGGCUAUGGUUUCUCAGAAGCUCCUCAUAAACAAGGAUUUAACAGCCUCGCCGCCGCCCGAGUUUUCCUGACACUGAUGGAGCGUUUAGGAUUCCCCCAGUUCUACCUGCAGGGAGGAGACUGGGGCUCCCUCAUCACCACCAACAUGGCACAGAUGAAGCCCGAGUGUGUGAAAGGACUCCACCUAAACAUGAUGAUGUCGAAUAGAGGCUUCAAAGUGCUGUUGUCCCUCAUGAUUGGCCCGUAUCUACCCUUCCUGGUGGGCUUGAGUCGUGAAGACGUGCGCCGGCUGUUCCCUUUCUUUGAGAAGAGCGUGUAUGAAAUGCUGAGGGAAAGCGGCUACUUUCACAUCCAGGCUACAAAACCAGACACGGCAGGCUGUGGGGCGAACGAUUCUCCUGUGGGUUUGGCGGCGUACAUCCUGGAGAAGUUCUCCACCUGGACUGACAUGAGGAACAGAGACCUGCAGGACGGUGGGCUGGAGAGGAAAUUCAGCCUGGACGACCUCUUGACAAACGUCAUGAUCUACUGGACCACGGGCUCCAUCGUGUCCUCCAUGCGCUUCUACAAAGAGAACUUCAAGAGCAACAUGAACAAAAGAGUGGAUGCAACGACGGGGAUUUUUGUCCCCACUGGACUCGCUGCCUUCCCUGCGGAGCUGAUGCACUGCCCUAAAUCGUGGGCGGAGAUACGAUAUAGAAACAUCUACUCGUACACCUUCAUGCCUCGAGGAGGUCACUUCGCUGCCUUUGAGGAGCCGCGGCUGCUGGCCGACGACAUCGUCCAGUUUGUCAGGAAAGUGGAAGAGUUCUGAAGUUAAUGCUGAGCUGAUAGAACCAGUUUAAUGAUGGUUCAUCUGUCCUUUACUGUUCUGAUCACUCCUAAUGGGACACAGCUGCACAAUCCACACGUCUGUAAUUGUUUCAACACUACAAUACAUCGGCUGCAUCCGAAACUGCACGACUAAAAAAACUGCACUACUAAAGUCUUUUUGUACGUUUUUAAUAAAUGCAAACAAAUCCAGAUGACACCGGUGUUAUGAAGAGAAAUGCAUGCACCUCGCAGGACAAUGCAACAUAUGACAGACAUCUUUUUUCCCUUUUUUUAAAAGUUAUUUUUUGCCUUUGUUGGAUAGCUGAAGUGAGACAGGAGAUGUUGGGGGAUGACAUGCAGCAAAGAGCCGAGGUCAGAUUAGAUAGCACGGCCGCUAGGAUGUGGACUUUAGCCUCUGCUAGGCUAUCAGCGCCUCGGCAGACACAAUUUUUACACGGCUGUAUUUUGCAUCCUCCCUUAAAUUUCCUCUGAAGGCACUUCAGAGUCAAACACUGAUUGCAUGUCAUCUUUAGUUAGUCUGCAGAGCAUUGAGUUCAUCACAGAUCUGCCCCCAGAAAUAAGAUUUAGACCGUUUUUAAACACUCCCACGAGGUGCAUGCAUCUCUUGGCAGGGAUGCAUUUCUCAACAUAACACCAGCCUUUGAAUGUGAACAAAGUUU